AUGACUAACGUUACAUCUGGAAUUAAUUACACGUCAACUGAAGGGGAACACUCGACAUGGCAAGGGAUUUCCGUCAUAUAUGGGACCGCAAUGUUCUUUGUUCUCACGAUUGGUUUCCUUGGCAACGUCAUCAGCAUCAUAAUCCUCCGUUAUCGAGUGCACCGCAAAAAAAUAAUCACACCACUUAUGCUAAACCUAGCAGUCUCGGAUAUUCUGAUCACUGUGCUGGUAUAUCCAGUGAUGUUCCUCACGCACAUGUUGGGACAACCACUGCAAGCAGGGUCCUUGAGGUGUAUGUGGUCCUCAUUUGCCAAUGGCGCCUCUGGUAUGACAUCCAUUGCUACUCUUGUCGCAAUGAGUGGUAUUAUGUAUCACGUGCUCAAACAGCCCUUACGUCGCCCCUAUAUCAAACCAAGAAACAUGAACUUUCUCGUGGCUGCCACGUGGUUAUCCGGGAUAUUGGCCAAUCUCCCGCCCCUGAUUGGUUGGAGCAGGGCCGUGCCCGGCAAGGCAGGUUUCAGCUGCGCCCCCGAAUGGACUACUUCUGAUCCUUGGGCCAUAUCCUACAUUAUUUUCCUGGUGUGUUUUGGCUUUUUUACGCCGUUGUUUUUGAUCGGGAACUACCAUUACUUGAUCUAUAGGUAAUAAAAGCUUUUAAAAUACCGGGGGGGUGGGGUACUCCUGGGAAUUGUUGGUGAAGGUGUGCCAACCGUUUCUCCAAAUCCUAACCCUAUUUCAGACCAAAAAGUGUCAUUUUUCACUCCAGUUUUCAGACCUGGCAUAGGCAAAAAUAAUGCCUAUCAUUACUUAGAUUAGAACCCGGCAAAAAGAUUUCUUGAAAUCCAUUUUGAAUUUCCCACAUUAUCUUAUUCAUUUGGAAUUGAAAUGACAACUGAUAUUUAUACACUCCCGUAGUUCCCUGUGGAAACCAUACCCGAUUCCAGACCAACAUGGGAAAAGUCUAAACCCGUUUUCAGACACAAACGUCUCAAACCAUACCCUUUGGGGCGGUACAUAUCUAUCUGACUUAUAUAAGGGAGUACCCCCAAGGUAACAUAUUUAGCACAAGGAAAGUUAUCCUUGUCUCCGCUUCAUUCUACAAGCGGCUUCUUCGCCACUCACUUGGGCGCUCAACAAACAAGACCGCCAGCUACGCAGGCUAAAGUUUUUUAACAUUUUAAAGCACAAUGUCUUAAAGGAGCGUCCGCGUGCGCUCGCAGCGGAGCCUCAACAGUUAUAGAAAAUGGACAUCUUUCGAUGCGAGAAAAGACGUCAGCGUACAGGCUCAUCCACCCGUACAGACUUUAGGGGUAGGGGAGGGAAGGCUUUUUGCUUGGUGUCGCUUUUGGUCACGCUCCAGGAUCAAUCUAGUAGUGACCUAGCGGGUAUACUACAGGGAUAACUUGAAUAAUGUUGUCUGAAAUCUUUCUUUACAAGGCUUAUCGGAGAUACACGAGUGCCACUGGAAGGAAGUUUAAACCACAUUAUGCGAGUCAGCAGGCAGAAGUCCCAAAUGAAGUUAGUACGCAUGACAGCCAUCUCAAUAGCUGCUUUCCUAAUAAGUUGGCUGCCAUACACUGCCGUCAGCAUCGCUGCUCUCAUCAGAGGCCGUCACGUACUUACAUCCGGGGAAGCAGAAAUUCCAGAGCUGAUGGCCAAAGCUUCGGUAAUUUACAACCCCUUUGUGUAUAUGUUCAUGAAUGGUGCCUAUCGAGCGUCUUUUUGGGAACUCUUCUCUGGAAACAAGGAGGUAAGGACGAAUCUUCAUCCAACUACCAAUAGUGCAGAAGGACGUGUCAGUUCGGAAAACUCAGGGACAGUCAAUAAAAGCUAUGAAGAAACUGCCUUGUGA